AUGCCGGACUGUACCAGCAGUACUAUGGAUAGGUCGCUCUUUGGAUCCGAGUCCGAGUCCGAGUCCGCCUCCGACAUCAUAGAUCUUGAUGUAGUCGCACUGUACCAGGAAGCUCUCCAGUGGCACCGCACUCAGGUUCCGUGCAACCAGGAAGCUGCAGAUGACAUGAUCGACGAUUAUCUUGAGUCAGGAGACGCACUGCUUGUACGAGAAGGCGAGCGCAUGCGUGCAGCAGAGGAAGGAAGAAAAGUUGUUGACGAGCGGUCGGGUACUUUUGGAGCCGUCAUCAACAUCGUUAAAGGACAGGGCCACACUAUCAGCAUCAACACUGGAAAUGCACCACAGACCAUCAACAUCCACUAUCCUAAUCGAUUCCAUCCUCAACGCUAUGUAUACGGGGGCGCGGGAGCAUAUGGCCGUCGCCCACGAGGUGAAAGCCCCUCUCAACAUGGCUUCUACUCCAUGCACGAUGAAGUUGAUCGAAAUCUCGUCGACCCGAUGGACGGAUACUUGAGGGACGUGGGCCUGGGGGACGCUGGUUACUACAGUGGCUUCCAAGACGACUACGACAAGCGUGAGUGA